GUAACCCGGAUGUUGAAAGUCUUGCUCUGGGCGUCACUAGGCUGCAGUUUGGCUCUUUGUAGAGAAUGUUUAUUAUAUUAAUAUAGUUUAUUAUUUUUGGGAGAAAGCAGCUGGUUGUGUUCAAUUAACAAUAAUUAUAUAAUUACGCGGGAAAAGCAGCAGCAGCAGCGCAGAGAUGAGGACGGUACUGAUGGUGGCUGAGAAGCCCUCCCUGGCUCAGUCAAUAGCCAAGAUCCUUUCUAAAGGUAGCUGUUCCAGCCGUAAAGGCCUGAAUGGAGCGUGCUCGGUCCACGACUACACAGGAAGCUUCAUGGGCCAGAGCGUGCGCUUUAAGAUGACAUCAGUGUGUGGUCAUGUCAUGAGUCUGGAUUUCACUGGGAAAUACAAUAACUGGGACAAGGUGGAUCCUGCCGAACUGUUGAGCAAAGCACCAACUGAGAAGAAAGAGGCCAACCCUAAACUCAGCAUGGUUAAAUUCCUACAGGUCGAAGCCAAAGGCUGUGACUAUGUGGUGUUGUGGCUGGAUUGUGAUAAAGAAGGGGAGAAUAUUUGUUUUGAGGUGUUGGAUGCCAUUCAGCCAGUGAUGAAUAAGCCGUACGGUAAUGAGCGAACUGUUUACCGGGCCAAGUUCAGCUCCAUCACUGACACAGACAUCUGGAACGCUAUGAACCAACUGGGAGAGCCCAAUAAGAACGAAGCUCUGUCUGUGGAUGCUCGACAGGAGCUGGAUCUCCGUAUUGGCUGUGCUUUUACACGAUUCCAGACCAAGUAUUUCCAGGGAAAAUACGGCAAUCUGGACUCCUCUCUUAUCUCAUUCGGCCCGUGCCAGACACCAACACUGGGUUUCUGUGUGGAGCGCCAUGACAAGAUCCAGUCCUUCAAACCUGAGACUUACUGGGUCAUCCAGGCUAAGGUAUUUAAAGGGAAGGACAGUCCCAUCACUUUGGACUGGGACCGUGUCCGAGUGUUCGACAGAGAAAUCGUUCAGAUGUUUGUCAACAUGACCAAGACAGCCAGAGAAGCCCUGGUUGAGUCGGUCAGUAAGAAGGAGAAAGCCAAACAGAGACCUCUCGCCUUGAACACAGUGGAGAUGUUACGAGUGGCCAGUUCAGCUUUGGGUAUGGGUCCUCAGCACACCAUGCAGAUAGCAGAGCGCUUGUACACACAGGGCUAUAUCAGCUACCCUCGUACAGAGACCACACACUACCCAGAGAACUUUGACCUCAAGGGAACGCUCAGGCAGCAGGCUAACAACUCGCACUGGGCCGAGACGGUAAAAACUCUUUUGGCUGAGGGCAUUAAUCGGCCCAGGAAAGGAGCAGAUGCAGGAGACCACCCGCCAAUCACCCCCAUGAGGUCUGCCACUGAGAGCGAGCUAGGUAGUGAAAGCUGGCGGCUGUAUGAGUACAUCACGCGUCACUUCAUAGCCACGGUCAGCCCUGACUGCAAGUACCUGCAGACCACCAUCUCAUUCCGAAUUGGCACAGAGGGUUUCUCCUGCACCGGCAAGACUCUAAUCUCAGCUGGUUUUACUGAGGUCAUGCCAUGGCAGGGUAUUCCCCUGGAGGAGGCUUUACCCACCUGUGAGAAGGGAGAUGCGUUUACUGUGGAUGAGGUUAAACUGCUGGAGAAACAGACCAGCCCACCUGAUUACCUCACUGAGGCUGAGCUCAUCACACUCAUGGAGAAACAUGGGAUAGGUACUGAUGCCAGCAUCCCCGUCCACAUCAACAACAUCUGUCAGAGAAAUUACGUAACUGUGGAAAACGGACGCAAGCUGAAACCCACUAAUCUGGGCAUCGUCCUGGUUCAUGGCUACUACAAGAUAGAUGUGGAGCUGGUGUUGCCCACCAUUCGCAGUGCGGUGGAGAAGCAGCUGAAUCUUAUUGCUCUGGGCAAAGCAAACUUCCACCAGGUUCUCCAGCACACACUCGACAUAUUUAAGAGGAAGUUUCACUACUUUGUCGACUCCAUCGCAGGUAUGGAUGAGCUGAUGGAAGUGUCUUUCUCACCAAUCGCUGCUACCGGGAAGCCUCACUCUCGCUGUGGAAAAUGCCACCGGUUUAUGAAGUAUAUUCAGGCCAAGCCGAGCCGCCUGCACUGUUCUCACUGUGAUGAGACGUACAGUCUUCCCCAGAAUGGAGCCAUUAAGCUGUAUAAGGAGCUGAAGUGUCCUCUGGAUGAGUUUGAGCUGGUGCUCUGGACGUCCGGCUCUCGCGGCAAGACCUACCCGCUCUGCCCCUACUGCUUCAGCAACCCCCCCUUCAGAGACAUGAAGAAAGGUAUGGGCUGUAACGAGUGCACCCACCCAACCUGCCCUCACUCGCUCAACUCUCUCGGGAUUGGUCAGUGUGUGGAGUGCGAGACGGGCGUGCUCGUCUUCGAUCCGAACUCGGGUCCCAAGUGGCGCAUGGCCUGCAACAAGUGCAACGUGGUGGUGCAUUUCUUCGAGCAUGCGUAUAAGGUGCAGGUGGCGCAGGACAGCUGUGAGGCGUGCGAGGCUUCGCUGGUGAUGGUGGACUUCCACAAGGCUCGCACGCCGCUGGCCGACGGAGAGACGCAGCACACCGGCUGCGUUUUCUGCGACACGCUCUUCCAGGACCUGGUGGAGCUCAAACACGCCACCAUGCGGCACCCCAUGCACCGAGGGGGCGGAGCUCGCAGGGGGAGAGGGCGGGGCAGGGGGAGGCGCCCUGGCGGACGGGGGAAUCCUAAAAAACCAAAAGACAAAAUGGCGGCACUGGCAGCGUAUUUUGUGUAGGAUUUACAUGUGUGUAAUGUAUGAAAUGUUUUGUUGCAUGAAAAAAAAGGAAGUCAACAUCUGGGAGAUGAAUAUUACCUACAAAAUAGGUACUAACAUCAAUAAACAUUUUAUUUAUA